CAGACCUACAGGAGCCUACUUAUUGAGAAUAUAUUUGAGCCGACAAGAGAAGAAUUUCUGAGGAAAAAUGAAGUUCAUCCUUAUUAAGUUAUUUUCCUUCUACAUGCUGAUGAGUGCCUUAACAGAUGCCAGGCCUAUCCAGGAGGGAGAUGAUCCCUUUGCACAACCACCGGCUAUGCCUUACUGGCCUUUCUCCACCACUGAUUUCUGGUCAUAUGUGGAGUAUUUCCGGACCCUAGGAGCCUACCAGCAAAUAAAUGACAUGGCCCGGACCUUCUUCUCUCACUACCCUCUUGGGAACACCCUCGGAUACAACGUUCCUUAUCACGAGCACUAAGACCCGUGCUCUGUUUAGGCUAACAAUACUGAGCUAUUGGAAGUAGUUACCAUUGUCAGUGACUAGGCAAUCAUAUUCAAUUAACGCUUUUUAAAAAUCAAUUCCAGUAUUGUAUCUCUCUGCAAAAUUCUCAUGUAAAAUUCCUAUAGUCUUGCUUUUUUGUA